AUGUCAUCUUCUCACCAGCCACAAGCCCCGCAUCGCUCAUCCACACCCACCCGUGGCUCCACCUCCACACCACCACCACACACAUCGUCACCACAACCGCAGUCACAUCCCGGCGACGCCAGCUUGGAUCUGGCCGAGCCGCCCGAGUCUGAGCGCCUUCCGUCCAUUUCGACGCGCCUUGAUUUCGGGGGCGACCCGAAUUCUGAAGUCACUGUGGAGUCGCACCCAGCUCCUAGAAGAAGCCUAGUUCAACGCGGUCUGAGUCUGAGGGACAGAUACCGGGACGACAGCGACAAGAGGAGUAUCACUGUCUCCCCUUCUCCUUCGUCUCCCUCGGAUAGGACACGCGAUUAUUCAACGGGCCCUCAUACGGUGGAGUUAGCGGCAGACAUGGCUUCAGAACAGAGUCAAAGUCAACAACGGCAGUCCCGGGAACAACAAUCUCAGUCAUCACCCGCAAGUCAUGAGACGGGGGAUAAUGAAGGAACGGAUGGUCGGGAGGACGGGGGAGGUGAGGAUGGUCAAAGUGAGGUAGAAGAGGUGCUCAGAUCGGACAUUCCGCCCCCAGACGAGAAGGCGCGGACAAGAGAGACCGAGAAAGAGGGAGAGGAGAAAGAGUCCGGAGCAAAAACACCAGAGCGGCCAAAGACCCCAGCUUACGUUGCCCCUAUCCCCAAGAUAGGGGGCAUUCCCAAAAUCUCACCUGGGAUAUCCGGAAUCCAAAUAUCCGACGCCAACCGUCCACAGCUCCCAGACUUUGUUGGCGAGCUUCUCAAAGGCAAAUUAGUCGAUGAAGAUGGAGACAUCAUCGAUGAAAAGAUCGGACAAGUCCUAGCCCACGCCGCCGGUGACCUACCUUCGAUGGUCGGACGACGCGUGGCCAACGUCCAAGGCGACAUUCUCGGCGACAACGGCGAGCUCCUGGGGUAUGUCGCUGACGUUGAGUGGCCUAGAGCCCGGCCACCGCCGUCUACUACCACUGGGGGUCAGCCGCGUAGCUUGUUUGACCUCAUGGGACGCGCCACGAGCUCGCUGAUGGUUGACCAUGCGGGGAAUAUCCUCGAUGGUGAAGGGAAUGUGGUUGGGAAGUUUCAUGACAACAACAACCCGUUGCAUCGAAAGGAGAAGGAAGAGCGGGCGGAGGUUGAAAAGCAGAAGGGUAGCACGGGCGACGACGAAACGGAGCAGUCGCCGGCUCCGGCUCCAAAGCCACCACCACCUCAGUCGGCUGAGCAGCACCAACAGGAAUACGAGGAAGAAUCUGGCCAAGACGAUGAAGAUGAAGAAGACCCAGAACAGGAGCCCUCUCAAUCGCCUCCCGGAGGUAAUGAUGAGAAGCAGCAAAAACGGCCACGGCGCACGGAGGAAGAGAGGCGAAAGAACGCAGAGGCCUGGCGGAAGGAGAAUCCCAACGAGAGCCCGUCUGAUAUUUUCUUGGAUGUUAAGUCCACGAGGGAAGGGAUCCAGCUCACCAUUCGGAUCCCGACCGUGUUUAAUGGUCAGCAGACUACCCCGCACAUUUCGUUCUCGUAG